CGACAGGGGGCGCUCUCACGCCAAGGCGUGUCCUGGGGCGGGGCGGCCCAAGAUGGCGCAGACCGUGAGCGUGGGGGAGCUGGGGCUGCCCCAGCUGGAGCUGCUCAAGGGCCAACUGGACCAGGAGGUGGAGUUCCUCUCCUCGUCCCUGGCCCAGCUCAAAGUGGUCCAGACCAAGUUUGUGGAGGCCAAGGAGUGUCUGAACGUGCUCAACAAGGGCAACGAGGGGAAGGACCUGCUGGUGCCUCUCACUAGCUCCAUGUACGUGCCUGGGAAGCUCUCGGACGUCAGGAGGGUCCUGGUGGAUGUGGGCACCGGGUACUACGUGGAGAAGUCUGCGGACGCCGCCCGGGCGUUUUUCCAGCGGAAAAUUGAGUUCCUGACGCGGCAAAUGGAGAAAAUCCAACCGGCCCUGCAGGAGAAACACGCCAUGAAACAGGCCGUUCUGGAGAUGAUGACACAGAAGCUGCAGCAGCUCACGACGGCCCCGACAGGGGCCAAAGCGUAACCCCCUCUUCAUCCUUCUCAUCCUCAGGGGGACUUGGGAGGUGGCCCCCCCCAAAUCCCAGCCCCUCCAGCUCCCCCAAAUCCCUGCCCCCUGUUUUGUAGCAGCUUUUGCUGUCAACCCCCAAUAAAGGAGAGAUGGAG